AUGCCUCUGACCUUUGCCCUUCUGCUGCUCUUGGACCUGAGCGCCCGACUAGGCUGGGGCUGCCUGCAGUGUGACCACUCGGUGCGGGAGGCCCUGAGCCAGCUGCGCGUCGCCCUCAUCCCCGACCGCUUCCGUCAAGAGCAGCUGCAGGCCCGCGCUCAGGCCCUGCUGCUGGGCAUGGAGGGGCCUUUCUUCCGGGACUACGCGCUGAAUGCCUUUGUGGGGAGAGUGGGGAUAGAGCACCUGGACCUUGUGGCAUCCUUUAUCAAGAAUCAAACGAACAACUUAAUGGUUAAUUCUCUUAGAGAUGGGCCUCUGCUGGAUGAACUGGUGACUCUUAGGGAGAGGGUGAUCAAGGAACCCAAGAAAGUUUUAAGAUCAUAUGAAUUAAAAGGCUUGCUAAAAGAAGAAGUCUUGGAUUGUUUACACUGCCAGAGGAUCAGUCCCAAAUGCAUCAAAGAAAAGUACUGUUUCGUCGACAGGCAGCCCCGCAUGGACCUGCAGUACCAGAAGGAUAGCGGAUCCCCGCGGAAUUGGGUCCUGUUUGGCAGCACCAUUUCCGUGUGUCUGGCUGUCUUGGCCUUCGGUGUCAUCGUGGCUUCUCCAGCUGCGGAGCGCAGUUUAAAGAACCAGGACUUGAGGUUCCGAGGCAGCGACCGCGCAGGCGCUUUCCGGGGCCCGAAGGAGGGCGGUAAGGCCUGGCUGCCGCGCACAACCGGCGGAGGCUCACAGGUUGAGUUUCGACCUGGCGGACCCGAGAGGCUGCCGGUGGGUGCGUUCCUGUGUAGCUGGGUGGACGUGCAGCUGUUUGCCGAGAAGCACGCCUGGUCCUUUCUUCUGGAGGUGCAUGCCUGGGACCCAGCAAUGGCCAUCAGGACCCUGACGGGCAAGGGCCAGGAAUCGGUGACCUUCAAAGAUGUGGCUGUGGACUUCACCCUGGAGGAGUGGGGCCAGCUGGGGCCUGGCCAGAAGGAGCUGUAUCGGGAUGUGAUGCUGGAGAACUACCAGAACCUUCUCUCGCUGGGGCUUCCUGGGUCCAAACCCGACGUGAUCUCCCGUUUGGAGCGAGGGGAAGAGCCCAGGAUGGAGAGGAGAGAAGCCCGGCGAGUUACCGGUUCAGACUUGGAGACAAGCUCUGAAACUACUCAGGAGACACUUCCAAAAAAGAGUAUUUCCGAAGAGGUGGCUUCCCCAAUGGGAAAGAUGGAGGGCAUUUUAAGGGCAGUGCUUGGAGACACCAAGUUGGGGGACUCCUGGACAUGCAGCCAUCAACUGGAAGACCAGGGAAAGCAGGAGAGGCGUUUGAGGAGGUUGUUUGCUACUCCCGAGGAAAACACCCAUGGCGAGUUGAGACACUUCAGGCAGACCUCAGCUUUCGUUGGGAAGCAAAGAGUGCCUGGGGGAGAGGAUCCUCAGAAGUGGACCAGGUCAAGAAAGAGCCUGAAACACCAAAGGAAACCAUUUAACUGCACGGAAUGUGGGAAAGCCUUCAUCUACCAUUCGGACUAUGUCCUACACCAGAGAAUUCACACCGGAGAUAAGCCCUACAAGUGUAACGAGUGCGGGAAAGCAUUCAGCAACAGCUCAUAUUUCAUCCAGCACCACAUCAUCCACACAGGAGAGAAGCCCUAUGCCUGCAACGAAUGCGGCAAGACCUUUACCCAGAGCUCAUCGCUCACUGAGCAUCAGAGGAUCCACACUGGAGAGAAACCCUACAAAUGCAAGGAAUGUGGGAAAGCCUUCACCCAGAGCUCCUCCCUCAUCAAACACCAGCGAUGCCAUACCGGGGAGAAACCCUAUAAAUGCAACCAGUGUGGGAAGGUCUACUCCCAGGUGUCCCACCUCACCCGCCACCAGAAAAUCCACACAGGAGAGAAGCCCUACAAAUGCAGUGAGUGUGGCAAGGCUUUCUGUCACACCUCCUCUCUGACUCAGCACCAGACAAUCCACACUGGUGAGAAACCCUACAAGUGUAACGAGUGUGGGAAAACCUUCAGCCACAGCUCGUCACUGACCCAGCACCAGCGAGUCCACACUGGAGAGAAACCUUACGAGUGCCCCAAGUGUGGCAAAGCCUUCAGCCACAGUUCGUCCCUGACUCAGCAUCAGAGAGUUCAUACUGGUGAGAAGCCCUAUGAGUGUCAUGAGUGCGGGAAGGCUUACACGCAGAUCUCCCACCUCAUGAGGCACCAGAGCGUUCACGUGGGGGAGAAACCCUAUAUAUGUAAUGAGUGUGGAAAGGCUUUCAGUCACACCUCCUCCUUUAGUCAACACCAGACGAUCCACACCGGUGAGAAACCCUACAAGUGUAAGGAAUGCGGGAAAACCUUCAGCCAGAACUCCUCGCUUAUGCGCCACCAGAGAAUUCACACCGGGGAGAAGCCCUAUGAGUGUACAGUUUGCGGGAAAGCCUACACCCAGAUUUCCCACCUCAUCCAACACCAGAGGACUCACACCGGAGAGAAACCUUAUGAGUGCAGUGAGUGUGGGAAAGCCUUCAGCCGGAGCGCCCAUCUCAUCGAGCAUCAGAAGAUCCACACGGGCGAGAAACCCUUUAAGUGUAAGGAGUGUGGGAAAACAUUCAGUCACAACUCAUCCCUAACUCAACAUCAGAGGAUUCACACCGGCGAGAAACCCUACAGCUGUAACGAAUGCGGGAAAGCCUUCAAUCAAAGUAUCCACCUCAUUCAGCAUCAGAGGAUUCAUACCGGGGAGAGGCCCUACAAAUGUAAGAACUGUGGGAAAACCUAUGCCCAGAUUUCACACCUCAUUCAACACCAGAAAGUUAUAUGGGUGGCAAGCGCUAUGCGUGUAAAGAAUGCAGAGAGGAUUUCAGCUGGGGCUCACACCUGGCCAAACAUCAGAGACUUCACACUGUGCACGAUGGCUACAUCCGCAGUAAUUUUGAGAAAGCCUUUGCUUGGAACAUGCAGCUUAGUGAUCAUCAGAGAACUCAUGCUGACUAGAGAGCCUGAGAAUGAAACAAACUGGUGAUUCUGCUGCUGGGUUCCAUUCAGCCUUCAUCAGCAGUAGAAGCUUCUUCCCAGAGAGGAGCCAUAACACUAUAUAUUGAGAGAGUUGUUUCCUUUCUUGCCUCCUAGAAGGAGGAUGGCACUGUUUAUCACCAGCAGAGACAGCUUCUGAUCAUUUAAAGGGCUCCCCCCUAAAAUCUAAGCUUCCCCCCCCAUUUCUCAACCCUACAACGUCCCUGGAUGGUGGUAGCUAUAGGGUGGUCUACAUAGGAUGAAACUUCAUCUGGGAUCUUUAAUAAGGUCUCUCUGAGCUUUUUAAAUUUAUUCAUCAUGUGUUAAAUUGGAGCCUGGAAAUUCAAGAAAAAACAAACACAGCUGGAAAUAUUCACCUGUUAGAGUAAAAGUCACAAAUAUAUGUAACUAAAGAUAAAUGCCAGGCGAUUUUAGUUUCCUUUAAAACUUUAAGCUACAAAUUUCACUGAAAAAUCUGCAGUUGGCUUAAACAUGGAAUAUGUUUCACAUAUUUCCAGCCAUUUUUUAUGUCCUAUUGUUUCUGUCUUUUCCACUUCCAGGAAUUGUGCUUUACAAAGUAAU